AUAUCUUGGCACCGCAGGAGCGACAGACAGCAGCUGCCAGGAUGCUCAAGUGGGCUGUCAACCAGCCGCGAAACUCGUAUCUGGCCAAGGAGCUGGCCAUGGGAUCGCAAACAGGAUCGGCAUCCGGAUCAGGAUCAGGCUCUCUCGAGCAGAAGGCCGAAGUGGUGGGCUCCAGCUACAGCGAGUUUCACGCCCUGCGUGGCAAACUCAAGAGGAAGUCGAUCGGAGUGGCGCCAGGCAAGGAGAACCAGCUGACCUCCACGCCGCUGCCGGCCAGCUCCAGCCUCCAUGCCCGCACACCACUGCUCAAGGACCUCAGCAACAUCCUGGCCACGCCGCCAUCGGCAGGAGCAAGUGGCGCCAGUGGGGCAACUGGAGGAGCAGCUGCUGUUCCCCUGAAGUUCGCCUGCACACUGCCCACCUUCGAGGCGGAGUACUCGCCCAAUGCCGCCGUCAUCCCUGGCUCCCUGAUCGCCCUGCGCGGCAUGGGCAUCCCGGACAGCUACUUCGAGAAGCCGCGCUACCUGGAGCAGAAGCCACUACCACAUCCGCAUCCGCAUCCAGCUCCUCCGACAGGCGAACAGAAUACGCUCAGUUCCAGCCAGAUGGGCGAUGUGACCCUGGAGCGCAUGAUCGAUGCCAUCCUCGAGAGCAACCGCAAGGUGCUGCCCAACGCCAGACAGCAACAGCACCAGCAUCAGCACCGCCAGCCCAGGCAGCAUCUCCGCCAGCGGCACAGGCUCAGGCAGCAGGUGCUCCGGAGCAGCCAUGGGCACGGGCACGGCGCCACCCAGACGCCAUCGCCCACCUACCGCCCCGCCUUCGAUCCGGCUAGCGAUCUGUGCGAGUACUGGAAGUCGCCCUCGCGGAGGGAUUCCCUGCCAGCGGACGGCUUCGAGGAGCGGGAGGUGCGCUCCCCCGUGCCCACCGAAUCCGAAUCGCAGGAUGCCAAGCGGCACUCCCUGCAGCUGCGCAGGCAGCGGGUGGUGCGGCGCAAGCGGAAGAUCACCACCAAGAUCUCCUCCAGCGUCAGGCAGUCGGCGCAGAAGCUGCUCGCUGCGGCCAGGUCCGGAUCUGCAGUGCCCAGCCAGCGGUUCGCCCAGAAGAGGCGCCACAUCAGCCCGGACAGUGGGCACAACUCGACCAGCGACUUUGAGGAGGAGCUGGUGGCCAUGGGAUCCUGCGGCGGGCGGGUGGAGGCGGUCACCAAGCGGCGGCUGAGCUUCUCCUACGCCGAGGAUCUGUUCGUGGAGAAGUGAACCCCAAUUGGGGACAUGUCCAUAUGUUGAUUUUUGACUUCUGUUUGGUUAUAACUUAAACCUUUUUUUUUGAGUGGCUAAAAGCGCAGCAUUGCCUUGGAAUACGUAUGUUGAAACAGAUCCUAUAAUUACCUAAGAAUCCUUUUUUUUCUGACAAAUAAAAAACCGAUUUGAAAACUA